UGCAUAUACUGUUUUCAAACUUUAGUUGACUUUUUAAAAAUAAGUAAAAAAAACGGUUUGGAUGCAAGACUUGCAUAAUGGGUAAUGGUGAGUCUACGAGUCGUCGUAUAUCAAUGCAAAGAUCUGAUACUGGCACAAUUCAGAUAUCAGAAAAUGUGAUGUUGCAACUAAAGGGACAAGACAAAGCGUCAAAUGUGGAUAGUGAUAAGGUUUUAGUAAAAGACAAUGAACACCUAAUUUCUGAAAAGGAGCUUCAAGGAAUGCUUGAGCAUGCUUUCCAACAGGGAAAAAGUUAUGGCAUGAACAAGAUGAAAAGUGGAACAGGUACUAAAUCCAAUGUGGUUCAGAAUCUAAAUGGUAAUGUCUAUCAGCAAAAACUUCACGAGCUUGAAUCAUUUUGGGAAAAAAGAUUGGCUGAAGAGCGAGAGCGUGCUGAGAAACAAAUGUCAGCUAUUAAAAAAACUUACAGUGAGAAUGUCAAAAAAAACUUUGGUUCGACCUCUUCACUGGAACUCCAAGAAGAAGUUGAUAGGCUGACUAAAGAAAACAAAGCCAUGCUGUCUAAGUUUUCAAAACGCGAGAAAGAACUAAAGGACGAGUUUAACUACAGUGUGCAAGAGCUGGAAUGUAAAAUAAAGCCGUUGCAACAGUCACCAAUAUGUAACGACAAACAAAGUAAAGUAUUAGAAUGUUAUAAGCUGCACAAACAACAACCACUAAAAUGUUCACAAGAAGUUAAAGAUUUCGCACAGUGUGUACAGAACGCGAGGCUGGAAAAUAUACAUAUGUGUACUGAGUGAUAGGUUGGCAAGAACAUUAUGCAGAAGAAAUUGUUGAGUAACGGAAGCUGAAUAGCAACACGCUUAUUGAAAUUGUAAACUAUAUGUAAGAUCAAAUGUAAAGAUUGAUGUAAAAAAAUCUAAAUUUUUAUUUAA